CAAACAGUAAGAAUGGCCCCUAAGUAGAUCACUUGUCUUUGUUUUUUGCUCAACUCGGCCACUGCAUGGCUUCUCUGGACAACAAUUUGUAUUUUAAGAUAUGGCAAUACUGAUUCCAAAACUAGUCUGUAGUGUUUUUAAUAAUAACGUUAGUUAUUUCUUUCCUUGGGUGUUGGUCAUGGCCGAAAAUAUGAUUCGAUUACAAGAAGAGUUGAACAAUAUACCUCUUGCUGAUGAAGACGCUCAAGACGACAGUGAUGUUGAAACUGAAGAGACGGAUGAACAUAACGAAUUUGGUCAUCAGAGUUAUGAAUCGAUACCCUCAUCAUUUACCAAUGGUUCUAAUAGUCCUGCACCAGCUUUGUUGGAUCCAGACUUAAGUCCUGAUGAAAUGGAAGAAAAGUCAAGACUUAUUUCUCAAGUUUUGGAACUACAGAAUACAUUGGAAGAUUUGUCUCAGAGGGUUGACAGUGUGAAAGAAGAAAAUUUGAAGCUGAAGUCGGAGAAUCAAGUUCUUGGACAAUAUAUUGAAAAUCUCAUGUCUGCUUCAAGUGUCUUUCAAUGCACAUCUCCUAAAACUAAAAAGAAGUGACAACCGACAUUUACAUUGUAACAACCUAACAUCUGACUGGAGGGUUCAUUCAAAGGAAAGAAGUAAACUGCAUUUAAGUGACAUUGUUCAUCUGCAUGAAAGUAUAUACUAGUCUAUUCUUUGCACAAGUGAAAAGAUCUUUAUGUUAAUUAUAAGCAUUUGAAAUGUUUAUGUACGUGGAUGUCAUUCAUUUAUGUUAAAGGGUUACUUCUUUUGUUACAACUGCAGCUAUUUAUUUAUCUUAGUCUUCUUCUGUAAAUUCUCUGUAAAUAGAUGCAAUUAUCUAAAUUUUAAUGUUGACUUUCUUGAAUAAAAUCUUCUACACCUGUA